AUGUCUACAUUUACGUCGCGAUCAAAUAUUGUUACAGGCAAUAAUGAAUGGGUCUUCGUCGAUGAUGAUAAUUUUGAUUAUCAACAAGAAUUAGCUCGUUCGGCAUUUGCUGAUAUGCUUCACGAUCAUGAACGUAAUGUACAAUAUGAAAAAGCAAUUGUUAAAACUAUUCAAAAUCUUGCUAAAUCAACGAAGAAAAUCCAUAUACUCGAUAUUGGUACAGGUACAGGUCUUCUUUCUAUGAUGGCAGCAAGAUCCUUAAAUCAAACAAACAAUACCGAUUGUUCUUUACGUAUAACUGCGUGUGAAGUUUUUCGACCCAUGGCUAAAAUUGCUAAAAAAUGUAUUGAAAAAAAUGGUCUAUCGGAUCGUAUAAAUGUUAUUGAUAAACGAUCAACUGAACUUGAUUUAGAAAAAGAUUUACAAGGUGAUAGAAUCAAUAUCAUUGUUGCUGAAGUUUUCGAUACGGAACUAAUUGGUGAAGGCGGAUUACGAACAUUUUCUGAAGCAUGUAAACAUUUAACGAUAGAUAAUGAAAAUCUUCAUAUAAUACCUGCACGUGCUACUAUUUACAUUCAAUUAGUUGAAUCUUCAAAACUGCAAGAAUUUCAUACAUUAAAAAAUCUUUCCAGUGAAAAUAAACGAAUAAAUAUUCCAAAUGAUUGUCGACAUUUAGCUGGUAAUACAAUCUUUGAUUUAAAUAUAAAUGAAGUCAAAGAUUAUAUUCGUCCAUUAUCAAAACCAAUACCAGUAUUUAAUUUUAAUUUUAAAAAUCUCAAUGAAACGAAUAAUUUUACGGAAGAAACAAUACUUGAAAAUAUUCAAUGUGAUUAUGAUGGACGAAUAGAUGCGUUUAUUAUGUGGUGGAAUCUUGACAUGGACGAACAAGGUGAAAUUCAGCUAGGUACAAUACCAACAUGGUGUUACGAUGACCCAGAAAAAGCUAAAAAUGUUCAAUGGAGAGAACAUUGGAUACAUGGUAUUUUUUAUCCACAAGAACCAAAAAUUAUUAAAGCAAAGGAUCAGGUAUCUUUAUAUUGUUUUCAUGAUGAAUAUAGUCUUUAUUUUGACGUUGGCACAUCUCCGUUUUCUCCUCGUUCGUUUACACCAGCUGUUCUUAGUCGUUUAGCAAUGGCCGCAUUCAAUUGUGACGAACGCCGUCAUAGAUAUAUGCAAGCAUUAGAAAAAUCAUUUUCUAAUUCAUCGAUAAAACAUUGUUUAUAUAUUGGCGAUGGUCUUCUACUUCCAUUACUUAUUCUUGAGAUGUAUCCAAACAUUGAGUUAACUAUUUUACAAUCCUCAAAUGUUCAUUUAGCUAAUUAUCUUGAAGCAAUACUAUCAAAUUCAUCUACUAAAUUAAAUUAUCAAAUUAUUUCAUCAUUAGAUAAAGAUACGAUAGAUCUUCAAACGAUCGAUAUGAUUCUGUCGGAACCAUUCUUUACGAAAUCGAUUUUACCAUGGGAUAAUCUUCAUUUUUAUUAUCUUAUUCAAAAAUAUCGUUCAAAAUUUCGUUCAGAUAUAAAAUUAUUUCCAGAAACAGCACGUAUACGUUGUUUAGCAUUAGAAUUCGAUAAUUUACAUAAAAUUCGUUCACCAGUUCGGCAAUGUUCUCAGUUUGAUUUAACACCAUUUGAUGAGCAAAUUUUGAAAGCGUCAGUAGAUGUUGAUGAAACAAUUGAACCUCAAUCACUAUUUGAAUAUUCAUCAAAGAAACCGACACUUUCAUCAAUUCGUGAUCUUAUUCAAAUUAAUUUCAAGAGAAAUUAUUAUGAUAAAAGUGAAAAAGUAGACUUAGAAAUUCCAAUUACUGCAAAUGGCACGUGUAAUGGUAUUGCUUUUUGGAUCGAUUAUGAAUUAAAUGAAAACAUAUGGUUAACAACCGGUAUUGAACAUGAGAAUGAUUCUUGGGUGAAUUAUUCAAAACAAGGUGUUCAUCUUCUACCGACACCAAUUCAGAUGCAAUCAGGCACGAAAUUAAAAAUUAGUACUGGUUUUGAUUUUAAACAAGGACAAUUUCUUUUUGAUAUUAUUUAUUAA